AACUCAUAACAAAUCUGAACGAAAGUAAAACUUUUCAUAUUCCGCUAUUCUCGCGAAAAAUAUUUGGUAUUUUCUCUAAACAACAAAGAAAAUUAUUGUUUAUUACAUAUAAGAAAUUUUAGCAUUUAUGUUAAACAUUGUACAGAUAGAAAAGUUAAUGAAAAUAUCAUAAAAAAUGAAUUACAUUCGGUAUUUGUGCAGUAAAAGUGCCAGAGAAAAAAUUGAUUAGUAUAAAGUGCCACCGAGAAAAAAUCAGUGUAUGAAGCGAAAUUGAUAAAAAACAACAACCAAUACAGUGCCAACCAAUUAGAAAUUUAACACCAAUUAAAUAAACCACCAACAAAAUAAAAGAAACAAUUUACACAUUCAAUCAAAUACAGCUUAACAUCUCUGAAAAUUAUAAAUUACAAUAAACCUUUUUGCUAUUUUUCACACAAACAUACUUUAUUUGUUAACAAAUUUUCACAAGAGAUAAAGGCUUUUUUUUAGAGUACACAACCGCAUUAGCAACGAAAAAAACAACAAACAAAUAAAACAUCCGCAAAAGUAGCAGAGCCAGAAGUAGCAGCGAACAGGCAGCAACUAGAAUAUAAUAUGUGUCAGAAUUAUUCAUUGCGAAGAUUCUGCGAGGAGUGGCGUAUAUGGAUUCGACCUUUGCUUAUCAUAACCUAUGGCAUAUUUGCCAUCAUUGUGGUGCCCCUGCUCAUUAUCAACUCAGUGAAGGAUGGCUUUCAGCGUCGUGAUCAAUUGAUAUUAAUAGGCGGCUUAUUUGUUUUAUCAGCAGUACCCAUAUCAAUUUGGCACAUUAUACAGCAUGUGAUUCACUUCACCAAACCCAGUUUACAAAAGCACAUCAUACGCAUAUUGUGGAUGGUUCCCAUAUACGCCUUAAAUGCUUGGAUUGGUUUGUUCUUUCCCAAACAUUCGAUCUAUGCCGAUUCGUUACGUGAGUGCUAUGAAGCAUAUGUGAUCUAUAAUUUUAUGGUGUAUUUGCUGCACUAUUUAAAUUUGGGCAUGGAUUUGGAAGCCACCAUGCUGUACAGACCUCAAGUACAUCACUUCUUCCCCAUGUGUUGUAUGCGACCCUGGGCCAUGGGUCGUGAGUUCAUACACAAUUGUAAACAUGGUAUUUUACAGUAUACAGUGGUGCGACCAAUAACCACAUUCAUAUCGGUUAUUUGUGAAUUAUGCGGUGUCUAUGGUGAAGGUACUUUUGCAGGAAAUGUAGCAUUUCCUUAUAUAGUUGCUAUCAACAACAUCUCACAAUUCGUGGCCAUGUAUUGUCUCGUAUUGUUUUAUAAAGCGAACAAGGAGGAUUUAAAGCCCAUGAAGCCAAUUCCUAAAUUUUUAUGUAUAAAAGCGGUAGUUUUCUUUUCAUUUUUCCAAGGAGUGUUACUAAACGUUUUAGUUUAUUUUAAAAUUAUCAAAAUUUUUGAAGCUGAUAAUUUAGGGGAUGAUGCUAAUUUGGCAUCAAUGUUGCAAAAUUUCAUUAUAUGCAUUGAAAUGUUUAUAGCAGCAGUGGCACACAUUUACAGUUUCCCCCACUAUCCAUUCCAUAUUAAUUCUCAACAAUAUUGGAACAAUCCCAAUCAUAACUGGUGCCGUGCAUUUUUGUCUAUGAUCGAUAUAUCCGAUAUACAGGAAGACGUAUCCGAACAUUUAGGCGUUGUCACCGGUACGAUAAGUCGCCGAUUCCAGGGUCGCAGCACGUACCAGCCGUUAUCGCGCGGACCUAGACGUUCGAGCAGCGAGUCAGAGUACUUAAUCAACAAGCGCCAGGAUGGUGAGGACGCAAGCGGUAGCCAACUUCUAGUUUCAGCUGGUGACAUCAACGAUAAAACAGGUAAUCAAAAAAGAAAUCACUAUAAAAAGCAUUAUGCUAAACCACUGGCCAAGGCCAAUCGCUAUGGAGCUACAGAUAGUCUUGUGCUACCCGUUUGUGAUGCUGCAAUAACCAAUGAUUCUCAAUCUCACUCCCAAUUAGCAGGUAACCGUCCCACCACAUCCAAAGCUUCCAUAACAACAACAACAUCAGGCAACGUAACAAACAAUGCAGCCGCCAUCAUUGCUACCAACACUAACACUCAUUCCUCUGCUACCCACUCCAAUUUUGGCGGCAUUAGUAUACAAAAACGUGAUCCGACCGUUAGAGACUUUCCGACACAUUACGGGGCUCCCGUGGCGGGUGGUACAAGUUUCCUGCAGGCCCGCAAUGUAACGACAACUCACGCACCCAGUCCCAUUCCAGAGUCCGUUGAUGAUUUUUCAUCAUUUAUCGGUUCCUCAAGAUGACAGCGUUAUGAUAGUAAUAGUCAAAAUUAUAAUCCAUCCGCUAGUGAAUCGAUUUCUAUAGGGUUUUCCAGUAGCCUUAAAUUGUCGACGGGUGGCAGCCUCAGUAACAACAGUAAUAAUUCAUCUGAUUGGUUAAGUUCGCCCGCAGAUGGUGUGGGUCCAAAAUUAUUAGAUGAUGAUGACGAUGAUAAUGACGUAGGCCCAACAAGUUCUACUACACAACACCAACAACAACGUUGCCACCCACAAACUGAUUCUACCGAAUACAUAACUUAAACUCACAUCACUAAAAAUCACGACACCUAAUACAAAAACACCAACCACAAUCUACAUUUUUAAUAAUUACAACUGCAACUUAAUAAUUAUUAAUGCUACGAAAUGUAAAAAUACAUACAUACAU